AUGAGAAUUGUCGAUCUAUUCGAAUUUCAUUCUUGGCAUCCUCAUGGCCAUGUGUCGAUAAAAUGGUACUAUCGUCUGGUGGUUGGUGGUUGGUGGUUGGCGGUUGUGGAAGUGGUGGUGGUGUCCUGCAACGGGCCGCGCGAAUGCAAUUCCCCCUUUCGUUCUGAAUCAACAGAUGGUCGUUCUUUUUUCCCUACACUCUUUCUGAAGUUUCCUCCGGAUGCCGUAUGUGCGAAAGUGCGAAAGUGCGAUUGCCCCCGGAAAGGACUUAGAAAGCCAACAACAGGAAGGGACCGUGGACAGUUCGUGUCAGCCGUUUCUCGUUGUUCGUGUUCGAGAUCCUUUGUCUCCCUUGCAUCCGCCAAUUCUCAUGGCCGAUGGAUCAGGACGAUGGCAUGGCGGCGUAAGCGUGUGUUGCUGGCAGGAGGCGAAGAGAAGAGGACCAGAAGGAUUCGGAGUAGGAGAAGGAGGAGGGAGGAGUAG